AUGCUAGAAGAAAUGAAGCAGUCAGAUCCCGACCUCGUGAAAGCCUUUAUGCAAUGGCUUCUCACACCAGAUGCAGCGGACAUGCUGGAGUUUCACUCGCAGGUGGUCCAAAAGAAAGACUUCCUCACGCACUGUCUGUUCGUCUGGGAGUAUUUCUGGCAGGGCGGGAAUGUCCCUACGAUGAGAAAUGAUGUUAACCCUCCUGCUAAGACGUUUUACUGGUUCAAUGUUCUAUCAAACAGCAUGGAUGCAAUGGGAUCAAAGGAAUUCAUCCAGUCAUUCCCGCAGGCGUCUGUGGGGCCCAUUGCACGGGCCGUGUCUUCUGUCCUGGCCCUCAAUGGCAAUCCAAGAGAGAAUCUAGACGCUUAUGUUUCCAAGCUUCGUUCUCUAUUGGCAGCCAGCUGUGAUCAUUGGUCAACUGUCGUGGAGCUUAGCACCCUCAAAAGCCUAGGAGACCAGCUCUCCCAACAGUGGGACACUGGGAAUCGUGUCUUUCAAGACGCUGUUACAGAUUUCAUUAACCGCAGCCGAGAUCAAGAUGGAGAUUCCCAUACUGAAGUCUUCGACACGGCAACAUGGGAUUCGCCUUUACCUUGCCCAGCCCGGACACACCACAUCGGAGAUCGAGUAUCCUGCUUCCGGCCCGGCACACAGGUUUUGACUCAGAGUGGCUCAGCGAAGAUUGAGGACAUUCGCCCCGGUGCUGAGAUUAUCUCUCGCGGUGGAAGUGACCGUGAAUUUGGAAUCUGUAGCGAUGAGAUAAACAAAAUGUCCACGAACAGGUCUGAUGACUCCAGGGGAAGGAUUGAUCUUUGGGGAUUCAAUGGAGGUCCCGAAUUCUUUACGGAAGGUCAUGUCUUCCACACUACCGCAGGCCUUCGGGCGGUUAACCCGGCUAUAUCAGCCAUAAAAAAUCCAUACCUUCUGGUUGGUAAGCUGGGAGUGGGUCACUCAGUGUUACAUACUGAGGAUGGGAAGACCUAUACCCCGAUAUUGAUCGAGUCUAUUCACUCAAAAAGGGCUGAUUGUGACUUUGUCUACGAUGUGCACAUGGUAGAUGGAAAGAGAACCUACCACGCCAAUGGGUUCCUUGUGCGAAACAGCUAUCCCGAUAUUACUAUCAACAGCAUUGCUAAAGCACUGCUGACAUUGCCUGCCAAGGAGAGGGUAGACGCGCUGAAGUCACUGCAGGAGCUGAAGCCUCUCCUUGCACGAUUUGGAAUCGCGACAAUCGAAGAGUUGCUCCGCCAGGAGCUCCGAGCCAUGCCCAAACAGCCUCAGUUCACCAAAGCGCCCCAGUCCAAACAACUGCAAGGUAUCCAUCACUGUGUUCGUGCGUGGUCACUCAAAGAUGAGGAUGAAAUGCAAGGCCUCACAUUCCCACACAGCCUUCCCGAUAUAAGCUUGUUUGAAGGCGUUGUCUAUAUACAGUGGGAUGCAAAAAGUAUUCGACCACCUACCUUUACCGUUUACUAG